AUGCUUAGACGUUCGAUGGGGCCUCUCAGGAUUGCUGGUUUACUCCGCCCAAGCCGUAACUGCAUGCAGUACGUGCUGGGUCCGGUGUUUGGGGGGCAUUUGGUAGCUCAUCGGUUCCACAGCGGUUCGCCGCAGCUGCAAAACAGCCAGAAACCGCCUAUUGCAGAUGAGUUUCGGCAUAUCGGGUCUAUAAAGGUGGACAAGCCGAUGAUGAUGAUUGCUUUCACGUGUAAGAAAUGCGACACACGGUCGUCGCACACCAUGUCCAAGCAGGCGUACACGAAGGGCACGGUGCUGAUCCAGUGCCCCGGAUGUAAGAACAGGCACCUGAUUGCAGACCACCUUAAGAUCUUCCGCGAUGACUCGGUCACCGUGCAGGACAUCCUGGCGGCAAAGGGCGAGUCAGUGUCGCUAACGACCGAGGACUUAGCGUUCGAGGACAUUCCCGAGCAGUUGCGGCCGCUAAUCGGCCACCACGCCUCCGACGCGCCCGAGGAGCUGCGGCGUAAGCUAGAUAACGAGACACUGCAUGCGCUGCCUGCGCAGGAUGGCGAGAAGCAGGGCUCUUCGUGA